UUGAGGUACCUGGGGAUUUUAGUGUUGGGAGGGCAUUAUCUCUGUUUAGAGUUUCCAGCAUCUGUUCCUGUAUCUUUGUGCUUCCCUGAGAUGCUACAGCUGCCUAAUGAGAUCCCUAGUGGACUUAGUGGAGUCUUCUACUUUUCUUUACUCCUUGGUGGAUAAAAUAGUGGAACAGCUGCAGCAGUUCAUUCAGAGUUAUGAUCUGCCUGCCCUUCGGGAUUACUGGAAUUAUCUUGACCGACGCCUUUUCAGUCGUUUGGAGGAUGUGUAUCGGCCUACGGUGAAUAAGCUGAAAACCAGUUUGUUCCGCUACUACCUCGUCUACACUGUUCAGACAGGCCGGAAUGACAAGGCUCAGGAGUUCUUUCUCAAGCAAGCAUCAGAACUCCAGAACCAAGUGGAGUGGAAGGAUUGGUUUGUUCUGCCAUUCCUCACCAACGCAGAUUCAAACCCCACCUUUGCCACGUAUUUCUCACGACAGUGGGCAGACACGUUCAUCGUGUCUCUGCACAACUUUCUUAGCGUCUUAUUUCAGUGCAUGCCUGUCCCAGUAAUCUUGAACUUUGAUGCCGAAUGUCAGAGGAGUGCUGUCAUACAGGAAGAAAAUGAAAUUUUGCGUCAAAAGCUUUUUGCCUUGCAAGCUGAGACCUACCGAAUGAAGAAAGAGGAGCUGCAGCAGCAGCAGCAGCAGGAGGAAGAGUCAGUUGUCCACCACAAAUUGCCUGCUUACGUGGCCAACAUGGACCGACUGGGGGACUCUGAGCUUGAUAUGACACGCAGCCAGAGGAGCACCACACACUCUCUUCAGUCUCGAGGGGGCUUCCUAUCCUCUCUGCUCUCUCAGAGUAAGAAGGGUCCUUCUAGACCAACCAUGACAACUGGAGUCUCCCCAACACAGACUGGCGGAAUACUGCUAGGGAAAAAGGAACCAUCAAACCAUCAGAGCACCAAAGGAAAGGAGGUAGCAACAGGCUGCAAAGAUGGAAAGAGUCACUUUACUGGGCUGACAGCAAAUGAGCCUGUCUUAGUACAGCACCGUCAGAGGCGUCUGCAAGAUCAUGGGAAAGAAAGAAAGGAGCUUCUAUCAAAAGUAACUUCCCAGGGCCAGAGUGUUGAGAAAAAGAUGGAGAAGGGUGCUACUGAAGCAGAACCUUCCCCCGAGCUGCAGACUGAGCAGUCAGAAAGCCUCACCAAAACUUCUGCAUUCAGCACCGAGGCUGGAGGACAGGAGCAGCCGUUCAUUGUCCUGAGCCAAGAGGAGUAUGGAGAGCACCAUUCCUCCAUCAUGCACUGCAGGGUGGAUUGCUCUGGGCGGAGGGUGGCCAGCUUGGACGUAGACGGGGUCAUCAAGGUGUGGUCUUUUAAUCCCAUGAUGCAGACCAAAGCGUCGUCCAUUUCCAAAUCUCCACUGCUUUCUUUAGAAUGGGCAACCAAACGGGACAGGCUGCUAUUGCUGGGCAGCGGGGUUGGGACAGUUCGUCUCUAUGAUACCGAAGCCAAGAAGAAUCUCUGUGAAAUUAACAUUGAUGAAGACAUGCCCAGGAUCCUAUCCCUUGCAUGCAGCCCAAGUGGUGCCUCCUUCGUCUGCUCAGCUGCAGCGCCAAACCUGCUCAGCCAGCUGGACCUCGCAGCCCCUGAGACUGGAGGCAGAGGUGUGAGCCAAGUUCCAGGGAAGCUGCUUCUGUGGGACACUAAAACCAUGAAGCAGCAGCUCCAGUUUUCUCUUGAACCAGAGCCCAUUGCCACAAACUGCACGGCCUUUAACCACAAUGGCAACCUGUUAGUCACUGGAGCAGCAGAUGGAAUCAUUCGUCUCUUUGAUAUGCAGCAGCAUGAGUGUGCUCUGAGCUGGAAGGCCCAUGAUGGGGAGGUCUACUCUGUUGAAUUCAGCUAUGAUGAAAACACAGUUUACAGCAUAGGAGAAGAUGGGAAGUUUAUUCAGUGGAAUAUUCACAAAAGUGGCACGAAAGUGUCUGAGUACGCCCUUCCCACUGAUGCCACAGGCCCCUUCGUGCUCUCUGGGUACAGCGGGUAUAAGCAAGUCCAGUUUCCGCGAGGAAGGCUUUUUGCUUUUGACUCUGAGGGAAACUACAUGCUGACCUGUUCCUCCACUGGGGGCAUCAUCUACAAGCUGAACAGCAAUGAGAAGAUCCUGGAAAGCUGCCUCUCUCUGGGAGGACACAGAGCCCCAGUGGUCACUGUGGACUGGUGCACAGCCAUGGAUUGUGGAACCUGCCUCACUGCCUCAAUGGAUGGGAAGAUUAAACUAACAACCUUACUUGCUCAGAAAUCUUAAACUGAGCAGCACUGAUAGGAAAGAGCCAGAUGUGUUAUGAAAUCAGUGUUAACCAUAAAAGAACAAAGUACAUGGAAGAGAAGAAGGCAAAUUACAAUCACUCUUCCCUCAUUUUAGCUUUUAUCUUCAGGACCAAACCUUUUUUACACACAGCAAAGUGCUGCAGUUUAGGAGCCUGUUUAGUUACAGGGAACAGUGGCAACACUGAAGAACCAACACUCUAAGAUUACCUGUUUUGGCAGCUGUGGAGCCUCAAGCACCACAUGUCUCUAAGUGGUAGGGGGAGGUUACAUGCAAAUAGAAGCUGAAUGCUGAAUUGCAUUUUAUCACAAUGGCUCCAACUGAAAAUGCCUGCGUGCAACUCAUAGUAUUCUAUAUGUAAUUUUUUUUCUUAAAAGAAACUGUUCCAUUGCA